CGUCGCUGCUUCCUGCGGGCCUGAAUCCCUCUUCAACCUUCUGUUUCUGGAGGGGCACCUUCAACCAGCUCCGCACCGGCAGCGGCUUCCUUUAGUUACUAAAGAAUCAGUGGAAAUACCACACUUGUACACAGACACCAUGUCCUUCCUCACAGUCAGCAGGUUAGCGCCUAAACUCCUCAACUCAAAGAAUGCCGCCUUCCUUCUGGCUGCCAGAAAUGCCAGCGCAUCAACAACAAAUCUGAAGGAUGUUCUGGCCGACCUCAUCCCCAAAGAACAGACCCGCAUCAAGAACUUCAAGCAGCAGUACGGCAAGACCAACAUAGGCCAGAUCAACGUCGACAUGGUGUACGGAGGCAUGCGGGGGAUGAAGGGUCUGGUGUACGAGACCUCCGUUCUGGAUCCUGAUGAGGGCAUCCGUUUCCGUGGCUACAGCAUCCCCGAGUGUCAGGGUCUGCUGCCUAAAGCCCCGGGAGGAGAGGAGCCGCUGCCUGAGGGUCUGUUCUGGCUGCUGGUCACAGGACAGGUGCCCACCGAGGAGCAGGUGACCUGGGUCUCCAAAGAGUGGGCCAAGAGAGCCGCCCUCCCCUCCCACGUGGUCACCAUGCUGGACAACUUCCCCACGAACCUGCACCCCAUGUCCCAGUUCAGCGCCGCCAUCACGGCUCUGAACAGCGAGAGCAGCUUCGCCCGCGCCUACUCCGAGGGGGUGCACAAGUCCAAGUACUGGGAGUUUGCCUACGAGGACUCCAUGGACUUGAUCGCCAAGCUGCCCUGCAUCGCAGCCAAGAUCUACCGGAACCUGUACCGGGAGGGCAGCAGCAUCGGAGCCAUCGACUCCAACCUGGACUGGUCCCACAACUUCACCAACAUGCUGGGAUACAGUGACGCAGAGUUCAUCGAGCUCAUGAGGCUCUACCUCACCAUACACAGUGACCAUGAAGGCGGGAACGUCAGCGCUCACACCAGCCACCUGGUGGGCAGUGCUCUGUCCGACCCCUACCUGUCCUUCAGUGCCGCCAUGAACGGCCUCGCCGGACCCCUGCACGGCCUCGCCAACCAGGAGGUGCUGGUGUGGCUGACGGCGCUGCAGAAGGAGCUGGGAGGAGAGGUUUCUGACGAGAAGAUGAGGGAUUACAUCUGGAACACACUGAAGUCUGGACGGGUCGUCCCCGGUUACGGGCACGCCGUCCUGAGGAAGACGGACCCCCGCUACACCUGCCAGCGGGAGUUUGCUCUGAAGCACCUCCCCAACGACCCGCUGUUCAAGAUGGUGGCUCAGCUCUACAAGAUCGUCCCCAACGUGCUGCUGGAGCAGGGCAAGGCCAAGAACCCCUGGCCCAACGUGGACGCCCACAGCGGGGUGCUGCUGCAGUAUUAUGGGAUGACGGAGAUGAACUACUACACGGUGCUGUUCGGCGUGUCCCGGGCCCUCGGUGUUCUCGCCCAGCUGGUUUGGAGCCGGGCGCUCGGCUUCCCUCUGGAGCGUCCCAAGUCCAUGAGCACGGACGGACUGAUGACUCUGGUGGGGGCCGCCAAGUCCGGCUGAACACCUGGAUAAAGGUGGAGGAGGGGGGAGGGGUUAGGGUCAGGGCGGGAGGAGGAGGGGGGGAGGAAACAUCCAGGGAUUUAAAGAGACAGUACGCUUUUAAUCCUCUAAAGAAGGGCCCCUUACACACGUGUACACUCGCUUUGACCCCCCCCCCCCCUGCUGAGACGACCAGGCGGGUACAUCAAAGGGAAUUAUGGGAUGUAAUAAAUCAUGUCCCCCUGCUAGCUGAAUACCUUCCAUUAUGCAAAGUCCCCCCCCCCCCCACGUGCCUCACUCCCGCUAACGAACACUCCAGUUUAGAGUCGGUCAUAGAAAAGUACUGCUUCUUUAGAUCCCGGACACCCCCCCCCCCCCCCCCCCCCCCCCUGCGCUGGUAGUUUGUUUUCUUUUAUUGAUGACCUGAGUCGCCUCUAUGAUCAAAAUGACUGCUUUUUAUGGGCUGUGCUCGAGCGGGGGGGGGGAUAAUGUACAGUAAUAAAGAGGAGAGGGUGUAAUUGGCAGUAAAUCCUUUAAGAGCAAGCUUGAAUUGUGAAGUGUGAUGGGAUGGGGGGGGUCUUUAUUUGUGUGUUUGUGUUGAUCCCCGCAGCGGAGCGCUUUAAACUACUACUCCAGACUAAGCACUUGCUUGAUUGGACUCCCUAAUUAGUGGCGUUAGAUGAAACCAGGAUGAUUGUGCCCCCCUUUUUACAGUUAUUUUUGUUGGUGUUGAAUUUGUAUGAAACUAAUCUCUGGGUUCUCAUUCGGUGGGUUUAUUUAUACUUUGUGUACAUAGGUAUAUAUAUGUAUAGCUUGGAUGUAUGAGCUCGUAAUAACCACAAUGAUUCCCGUAGCGUCCCCACGGCGUCGUGUAGAAGCGUCGAACAAACAGGAGGCUGCAGCUAUGUAAAUACACGACUCCUCGCCGGUGCGUUCAGGCUCACUGGGAUAAUUCACGCUUGCUCUCAAAGCAGUUUGUCAACACUCCAAGUGUAGUUUAAGGUCGUCAGUUUCUUUGUAGUCAGUAGCUCCCUCCAUGUUUUAACUCUCUUCUUCUUCUGGUUUGUGUCCGGGGUUAUUUUGAUCGUAGAGGUUGUUCGUGUCCGCAGGAUUCGGGAGCGGAGUGUGUGGGGGUUUGGGCAGGAGGGUCAAAAAGGGCAAGAUAAACUCGAGGAAACCUAACAAAAAAAAGAAAAACAAUAAAGGUUUUUAUUAACA